AUGGAAAACUUUGAGUCCUCCUCCCUUUCGCGCCUCAACGAUGGCGACAAGGCAGAACUCCAGAAAUUUCUGGCCAACGAGCAACAACGCUCUUCAAUUCAGACAGAGACACACAAACUCACUCAGACAUGCUGGAAGAAGUGCGUUACUAGCAGCAUCAAGGAUUCGAAGCUUGACAGGACAGAAGAGACAUGCCUCGCCAACUGCGUCGACCGAUUCUUAGACCUCAACCAACUCACGAUCAAACAUCUCAACAAUAUGCGCUCCUAA